UCCCCUACUUUCUCAUUCACCUAACACUCUAACACCUCCCCCCCUUUAUAUUUACUAUAAAUAUCAACACUUCCUUUCUCAUUUGCAUUGCAUUUUCUAAGUCGUCUUUCCUUUCUUUCUUUCUUCAUCUUAAUACCAUGGCACUUCCUAAAAUCAUCGUCUGUCUUCUUGCGUCCUCUCUUCUCGUUCUUUGUUUUGUUGAAGCUGAUGAUCAGAUGGUCGUUGGUGUUGCAGCUAGUAGUCCCACUAAGACUCAAAAUAUUGAUUGUGGAGGAGCUUGUGCAUCGAGGUGCAAAUUAUCAUCAAGGCCGAACUUGUGCCAUAGGGCAUGUGGGACGUGCUGUGCACGUUGCAGCUGUGUGCCGCCGGGCACUUCCGGAAACUAUGAGGCUUGCCCUUGCUACGCUACACUGACCACUCACGGCGGCCGGCGAAAGUGUCCUUAAGUUAUUUCAUUGUUAAAAAAGAUACUGUGUUGAAAAGUCCGUCAUAAUCUCUCCCAUGCAAAAGUCUGUAUUCUGUUCUGUUUUUGUUCAUCGUCAUCUUCAACGUUUAUAAGCUUUGAUUUAUAAAUAAAAAUUUGAAGGAGUUGUUUAAUAUAAUGAAUUAUUUAUCUAAAAUAAAAUUUCUAUA